AUGGUAGACUCGAAAAUGCAGCGUCGCAACAAUGGUGUCCCGGCCGCCACCGUUCUCCUGUCCAUCGCGAACCUGCUCAUCCCCGCUGCCAUCCUGAUCUUUGCGACCGGUUUCUUCCCCUACAAGCCGUUUCUCCCGGGAUUGGCGCAAUAUGACGGGCUGCAACAUGGCCCGCCCCCCGCGGCACCCUUCGAUCGCCUCGUCUUUAUGGUUGUCGAUGCCCUGAGGAGUGAUUUCGUCUUUGCCGAGGGCUCUGGUUUCGAGUUCACACAAGGACUGAUCCGCGAUGGGUUCGCCAUGCCCUUCACGGCCCAUGCUGCGUCGCCGACCGUCACCAUGCCUCGAAUAAAGGCCAUCACGACAGGCUCCGUCCCAUCUUUCCUCGAUGUGAUCCUGAACCUCGACGAGGCCGACACCUCGUCGACCCUCGCAUCCCAGGAUACCUGGCUUGCACAGAUGAAGGCGAAGCAGACGGGAAAGCUCAUCAUGUAUGGCGAUGAUACCUGGCUCAAGCUUUUCCCGGAUACCUUUGAUAGAGCGGAUGGCACAUCGAGUUUCUUCGUCUCGGACUUCACCGAGGUCGACAAUAACGUGACAAGACACAUAGACGACGAACUGCGCCAGAGCGACUGGAACACCAUGAUUCUACACUACCUUGGCCUGGAUCACAUUGGUCACAAGUCGGGGCCACGAAGUUCCAACAUGCCUCUCAAACAACGGGAGAUGGAUGGCAUUGUGCGCCGGAUCUAUAAAGCCAUCGAGACCGAACCGCAUCUCCAGUCAACCCUCCUGGUGCUCUGUGGAGACCACGGCAUGAAUGAUGCGGGCAACCAUGGGGCGUCAUCUGCUGGCGAGACUUCUCCAGCCUUGGUGUUCCUCUCGCCUCAGCUGAAGUCCAUCUCGAAGCCAUUGACAGUUCCAGCUCCCUUCGUCGACGACUUCCAGUACUACUCCUCAGUGGAACAGUCCGACUUGGCCCCCACCCUCGGUGCUUUACUGGGCUUCCCCGUACCCAAGAAUAACCUGGGAGCUUUCAUUCCGGACUUCUUAGCUUUCUGGCCUGAACAGCGCGACCAACAACACAUCCUGACGCAUAAUUCUAAACAGAUAUUCGACAUCAUGGCAGCCGCAUUCGGGAUUUCGCGGCUCCCUGGUGCGUAUGGAGGGGUAGAGUGCCCUGAACUUCCAACCGAAGCCGAGAUCCUAGCCUGUCGAUGGCAUACCUUGGUGAAGAUAGCCCAGUUUACGGAUCCGGAGCAGCAUAGUGACUGGACAAACAACGUCUCCGUGUGGCUCCAAGAGGCACAGAGCGUUAUGAGUAGCAUGGCGAGUACCUAUGACACAACUCGCUUGCUGGAGGGCGGCGGAGUAGCUUUGAUCUCCAUCCUGCUGGCAUUGGCGUCGUCUGUGAUGGUCGUGCGAGGCCCUGUGCCGUCGCUUUGCGCAUUCGCGCUGAUCUCGUUGCUGUACGGGAUCAUGAUGUUUGCUAGUAGUUAUGUGGAGGAAGAACAGCACUUCUGGUAUUGGGCGGCUUCUGCAUGGCUAGUAUACCUAGUUCACAAAGGCUCGCUGAGGUGGACGCCAACUUUUGUCCUGACAACCUUGGCCGUGUUAGUUUCCAUGCGUCUUGUCAGGGGCUGGAACCAAACUGGCCAGAAGUUUGCCGGCAGCCCAGACAUUGUCAAAAUCUUCCUCACGCCAAAUCCCCAGUCUCUUUGGGGCCUUAUACUCGGCACCUAUGCCAUGGUUGGCGUUGCGCUUAUACGGCAAAUCAGAGGCUGGCCGAGGGCUAUCAUGUUGCCGCUGGUUGUUGGGCUGGUAGCCUCUGCUGUGUCCUUCAAAUUGUCCUUCACCAACGAGGAUGCCCCUGAGCUGGUUGUUGGCGUCAUUCAAAAGCUGUUGCGCCUGGCGGAGGGUCCAUCGCUCGUGUCCCGAGCGAGGACCGUUUUCGUUGGUCUAGCCGCGUUCUCUCUGUACGCAGUGUACCUUCUGACUCCACACGGCGGUCAGGAAAGUUCAAGAGCCUUGCGUCUUCUCCACCAUCUGUAUACACUGCUCGCACUGACCCAAUCGCGGGCGACUAAUAUCCCGCUCUUCCUCCUGUUCAGCAUCCUCCAAUCCUAUCUUGAGAGUCUCGACCUUGACGUGGUUGAGAUAACUGGGUCAUCGCUUCUCCUUCAGUUCACCUCCUUCUUUGCGAUGGGCGGAUCGAACGCCAUCUCCUCCGUGGACCUCUCCAACGCGUACAAUGGCAUCAGCGGGUUCAAUGUUGGCGCCGUCGGGCUGCUGACCUUUAUCAGCAACUGGGCUGCCCCUGUAUGGUGGACAUCGGCCACGAAUCUGCUUCUGGUGCGGCGCAAAGCUGGGGGCGCAGGGGAGGUUUAUCAGAUGCAUAUUGCACUGUUGACCUUAUUUGUGGCGACGAGCCUUGGCUUCGUCAUGGCAGCGUGCACGGCGCUCAGAACACAUCUGUUUAUCUGGACCGUGUUUUCUCCCAAGUAUCUCUACAGCAUGGCAUGGGGCCUGGGGCAGCAUCUCGCCGUCAACGUAGGCCUGGGAGGUUUGUUGUAUUGGCUGGGAGGGCGUGGGAAAUAA